AGAGAGGAAAGGAAGAUCCGCGGUUUAGUCUCCAUCUUUCGAUUCGAUAUCUCUUUUGUUCCUUUUCUUCUCCUCUUCGAUCAAGGAGCGGAGAGAGCGCGGCGGAGAUGGCGGCAAAGGAGGCAGCAGCGUCGGUGCCGAGCACGCCUCUGUUGAAGGAUGAGCUCGACAUCGUUAUCCCUACCAUCCGGAACCUGGAUUUCUUGGAAAUGUGGCGGCCCUUCUUCCAGCCCUACCACCUGAUCAUCGUGCAGGACGGCGACCCGAGCAAGACGAUCAAGGUGCCGGAGGGUUUCGACUACGAGCUCUACAACCGCAACGACAUCAACCGCAUCCUUGGGCCCAAGGCCAACUGCAUCUCCUUCAAGGACUCUGCCUGCCGCUGCUUCGGCUACAUGGUCUCCAAGAAGAAGUACAUCUACACCAUCGACGAUGACUGCUUCGUUGCUAAAGAUCCCUCUGGCAAAGAUAUCAAUGCACUUGAACAGCACAUCAAAAAUAUUUUAAGUCCUUCCACUCCAUUCUUCUUCAACACUUUGUAUGAUCCCUACCGAGAAGGUGCAGACUUUGUUCGUGGAUAUCCUUUCAGCCUCAGGGAAGGUGUUCCAACAGCUGUUUCUCACGGCCUCUGGCUCAACAUUCCUGACUAUGAUGCUCCCACUCAGCUUGUGAAGCCUCGCGAGAGGAACAGCAGGUAUGUUGAUGCUGUUCUUACCAUACCCAAGGGAACUUUGUUUCCUAUGUGCGGAAUGAAUCUGGCUUUUGAUCGACAGCUCAUUGGCCCUGCGAUGUACUUUGGCCUUAUGGGUGAUGGCCAGCCUAUUGGACGUUACGAUGAUAUGUGGGCUGGAUGGUGUAUCAAGGUGAUCUGUGAUCACUUGGGUCUGGGAGUGAAGACAGGCCUACCCUACAUCUGGCACAGCAAGGCUAGCAACCCAUUCGUUAACUUGAAGAAGGAAUACAAAGGAAUCUUUUGGCAAGAAGAGCUUAUCCCCUUCUUCCAAUCUGCUGUCCUCUCCAAGGAUUGCACCACUGUCCAAAAGUGCUACAUCGAACUCUCCAAACAGGUAAAGGAGAAGCUUGGAAAGAUCGACCCUUACUUUACAAAGCUUGCGGAUGCUAUGGUCACCUGGAUUGAGGCCUGGGACGAGCUCAACCCUGCCGGAGAAGCUGCAGUCGCCAAUAGCACGGCCAAGAAGUAGAAGAGACAAGCCUAGCCUCAUCGAACAUUCGCAAUUUCCUUGGUGUCCUUGCUUUAUGCUUGUUAGAUGUAACUCAAAUUCAUACGCCACUUGAUUAUGUUAUGGUUACUCAGUUGAAGCUUGAGAUAUUUUUUUUUUUCAGUCGCUUUGUUGUAUUAUUUUUCAUAUUUGAGUCGACAAUAAAAAGGAUCUAUUGUCUUAAAAUGUGUAACUAAUGAUGUUGGACAUUUUUUAACAGGAAGAUUAACUUUCAAUUUUCAAUUCAA